AUGGAAGAUUUAGCAGAGGAUUUCUGUAGGGAGUUAAUCGGGAGGAAUCUUUUACAGCCAUGUGAUUUCUUAGGUGACUUGAGUGACGUAGCUGGCAAUUACUGCAAGAUGCAUGAUCUGCUACGUUCCCUUGCUCAUUCUUUGAUAAGUGAUGAGAGCAUUUUUCUUGGUGAUCACGAGCAAUCACCUAACACAAACCCUCUGAGUAAACUACGUCGUUUGUCAAUGGUUAACAAAGGUGAGAGACUAGAAGUUCCUGAUGUACUAAAACAGCAACAGUGCUUAAGAACUCUUCUUGUUUGGAGGAGUUCAGAGAUAAAGAUGGUCGACAAUGAACUUUUGAAAACAUUGGGUUUUCUGCGAGUCAUGGACCUGAGCAAUACGAGCCUUGAGAGCCUUCCAGACUCCGUAGCAGAUCUUUUGCACAUGAGAUAUCUAAAUUUUGAUCGGACGAAAAUCAAGAAAUGCCCGAGUCCAUCGGAUGCCUCAUGCCUCCGUCUUGAAGGAACUCCAUUAACUCAUGUGCCAAAGGGAAUAGGGGAAUUAAAAGAUCUGAACCAUCUUCAAGGAUUUGUGAUCGGGCACGAUGAUAGAAGAGAUGAUGAGGGGUGUGAUUUGAAGGAGCUGCAAUCUCUCUCCCAGCUGAGAUUCCUGGAGAUAAACAGAUUGGAGAGGACACAACCAGCGGGAGUUCCGGUAAACAGCAGCUUUCUGAGGACCCUGAUUUUGAAUUGCGGACAACUUGAAGAUGAGGUAGAAGCAGUCGCAAUCCAGAGAAUUGACAAGAUUUACAAUGAGCUCUCUCCUCGAUCCACCCACCUACACAGACUUGAGAUUCUUAAGUUCUUUGGUAGUGGAUUUCCCCGCUGGAUGAUGUCAACUUCCUUGCAUGUCUCUUUUCCUAACCUGACAGAAAUAAGACUCUCUAGUUGUAAAACAUGUCCGCAGCUUCCUCCACUAGGCCUGUUGCCCCAGCUGAAAUCUCUUCAUAUUUGGAACACAGGUGCAAUCAAAACCAUCGGACCUGAAUUUCUUGGCCCCCGUGCAUCGUCAGCAGCGACUUCAUUUCCAAUGCUUGAAGAGCUGGAAUUUUGGUGGAUGUCCAACUGGGAAGAAUGGUCGUUUGGUAUGGUGGAGGGGGUUGGUGAAGAAAGGAGAGGAGCCCUCAAGUUGCUGCCUCGUCUAACGAAGUUGGAACUUAUUAAAUGUCCCAAGCUGAAAGCUCUUCCUCCACUAGGCCUGUUGCCCGAGCUGAAAUCUCUUCAUAUUAAGACAGCAGGUGCAAUCAUAACCAUCGGACCGGAAUUUCUUGGACCCUGUGCAUCGUCAGCAGCGACUUCAUUUCCCAAGCUUGAAUAUCUGGAAUUUGAAGAGAUGUCCAACUGGGAAGAAUGGUCGUUUGGUAUGGUGGAGGGGGUUGGUGAAGAAAGAAGAGGAGCCCCCAAGUUGCUACCUUGUCUAACGAAGUUGAAACUUGAUUACUGUCCCAAGCUGAGAGCUCUUCGUCCACUGGGCCUGUUGCCUGAGCUAAAAUACCUUUCGAUUCUGUUAAGAUUUGACGCCUCGAGAUUCAGUUCACAUUGA